CUUGUUUUCUCAGUUGAAUGAGGAGAGAGGAGGAGGAGGGGAAGUUUUUCAGGAGUCGAAAAAGUGACUUUAAGACUUGAAAAUCUGCAAUUUAAUCGAUCAAUCGGUUCGUUUUCUGCCUCAGGUGCAUAACUAAGGAACUUUUGGAGCAGUUUUGACCCCUUUGAGGAGUGAAAAGACGCAGAAAGCAACGCACACAGAUUUGUGCUGACUCAUCCUCAUCGACCAACCCCCUGCCACCAUUUUGACUUCUUAUAUCUAUCAACAUAUUGAGUUUUAAUCAGUAAUGUCUGACUUUUCACCCGUUUCGUUGGAUUAUUGAACCAAUAGAAGUCAACACCUGAUAGAGGAAUAUUUGUGAAACUCAAGCUUUUUAUUUUCAAGUUAAGCUGAUUUUUAUUGGUCAGCUGACUCAUUCCAAAGCCUGUGAUUGGUCGUGACACAAGAGAAGUUCUUCCUUAUUGGUCGAUGAGGAAUUAAAGUGCAAACUGACUUUUGACCAGUUUUUCGUUGAAUUAUUGAACCCGGAGAAGUCCACACUUGAUAGAGGAAGCCUUUGUCGUCUCGUUGAACUGAUUUCAAUUGGUCAGCUGACUCAUUCCAAAGCCUGUGAUUGGUCGUCAUACAACAGAAGUUCUUCCUUAUUGGUCAAAGAGGAACUAAAGUAGAAAGUGUAUUUUCGUUGGAUUAGUGAAGGGAUUUUGUUAAGCCUUUUUCGUGUAGUUGAACUGAGUUCAAUUAAUCAGCUGACUAAUUCCAAAGCCUGUGAUUGGACGUUGAAUAAAAUAACGUCUUCCUUAUUGGUUGAAGAGGUAUUCAAGUAAAAAAAUGGCGGCUUCAGAGCUGAUCCAGGACAGCGACGACAUCCGGCCCCACUUGGAGGUCAACGUCACCACAACGGAUCCGGAAACGCCUCCUCCAAUUAUCGCCAACGGAAACCCCGUCUGUCACGCUUCCUCACCGACGCCGACGCCAUCGCCGCCCGCCAACGGGAAAAAGACGGCGCAGGAAGGCAACAACAUGCUGAGCAGCAUUUUGAAACAGAACCAGCUGAUCCAGUCUCUGAGCAGCCGGCUGCAGCGCCGAUGUGACUACGUGAAGAUCGCGGUGUCGGAGGAACGCGCCGACCACCUCCCCGCCGAGUGGUGGAAGACGGGCGUGGCCUUCCUCUACUCCGUCUUCAUCCUCUUCUUCACCACCGUCAUCAUCACCGUGAUCCACGAGCGAGUGCCCGACAAAUCGGUGAGCCCGCCGCUGCCCGACAAGUUCUUCGACUACGUGGACCGCGUGCCGUGGGCGUUCACCGUCACCGAGGUCAACGGACUGAUCCUCUGCGGACUGUGGCUGGUGCAGCUUUUCUUCCUCAAACACAAAGCUAUAAUCGUCCGUCGCUGUUUCUUCAUGAUCGGGACCCUGUACCUGUACCGCUGCAUCACCAUGUACAUCACCACUCUACCGGUGCCGGGGAAACACAUGGUCUGCGCCCCAAAGCUGUACAACGACUCGACGGGGAAGAUCUGGAGGAUUCUGAGUCUGAUCUCAGGAGGAGGUUUGUCUCUGACCGGCUCUCAGCUGAUGUGCGGUGACUUCCUGUACAGCGGUCACACCGUCAUGUGUACGCUGUCCUACCUCUUCAUCCAAGAGUACUCCCCCCGGUGGAUGUGGUGGUAUCGAUGGAUCUGUUGGUGCCUCAGCGCCUCGGGGGUUCUCUGCAUCCUGAUUGGUCACGAGCACUACAGCAUCGACGUGGUGGUCGGGUACUUCGCCACCACCAGGACCUUCUGGUGGUACCACACCAUGGCCAACACACAUGCUCUGCGUCAGGCUCCCAACAACUUCCUGUCGAGGACGUGGUGGAACCCAAUCUUUAACUUCCUGGAGAAGAACGUCAGAACCACAGUUCCCGUCGUGUUCUCGUGGCCGGUGGCGCUGCCCUCGUCCUGCAGACAGCGGUACCGGAUAGUGGAGGGAGGGAGGGACGAGUGAGGAUUAACCAUCAUGCAUCCUGUUUGAACAAAGCUUUAUUUAUUAUUAUUUCCUCUGCUUGACACUGAAAGGACGACGAGUUUACAUCAUCAGGAACGCCUGGGAUUUAUUUUUACAGGACGGACGACGGAGAAAAUCAGUCAAUCCAUGGUUCCUCUUCUUUGUUUUGAAUGUAAAUGUAUGUAAAUGUAAGCGUAUUAACAAAGAUGGCGGCCGCUUAAAGCAUCUGCUGCUCUGAUUCCUGCAGCUGGUGCUUCUGGGUUUAUCAUCAAGACAAAUGUCCUCAAAAUGGGUUAUUUUUUGUAAAAUGUUGUAAAAUAGUCCACAAAGAGUCCUUACGCUGUGUAGUGAAAGCUUGUUGUUUAGCUAACACAUGCUAGUGCACUAAUCGUAACAAUGCGAGGGCCUGCUAUGAUGAUAAUAAUGAUAUUUAUAUAUCUUUAUGCAAACAUUAAGGCACAUGUUACAGCGCCCCAAAAAGUGAUAGUCAGUCAGAUUAUUUCUAAAUUGUUAGUUUGUUAGCUAGCCAGAGAUUCAUGAUCAAAGAUAUAUAUAGCUAGAAACGUAGCAUUUUGAGAUUUAAUCCUUAUGGCAUUGGUUAAAAAUAUGCUUUUGCAUCCGUGAAAGGUAAAUGUACCACUUCCCAACAAAUAACAAUAAGGGUAAGUAUUUAAAUAUGUAGAAUAUAAUUUAGUUUGUUAGCUAGACAGAGAUUUACAACCUAAGAUUCAUUACUAGCGGAAAUCCUCAGUUUUGAACUUGUUUAGGUUUUGGAUUGCGGUUAGCAACAUGCUAACUACAAAAAAAAGUAGCCUCCAUGAAUGGUGAAUGUAUCUCCUCCCAACCACUAAUUAUGAAGCUGAAUGUUUACAUAUUGAGAAUAUUUCUUACUGUUUAGUUGUUAAACUAGCUAGAGUUUCAGGACCUAAAAUAGUUAGCCAUUUAGCAUUUUCAUGGCUACGUUCAGUUUGGUCAAAGUUGUUCAGACAUACAUGAACGGUAAAUGUAACAUCUACCGACAAAGAAAUAAAGAGAUUAUUUCUGAGUGUUGGCUAGCUAGCUUCAGGGUCAAAGCUGAACUGCUAGGGACUUAGCAUUUU